AUGUUUAGAACAUCUACUUUAAUUGCUGUUAUUGCAAUUUGUUUGGCAGUCAUUGCCAAUGUCAAUGCUGCACCACCAGCAUGCGCCUCCUCUAUUGGUGGUUCGCAAUUCACCCUCCAGCCAGACUACUGUGCAUGGUACUAUAUCCAAGGUUUGAGCACACCUAGACAAGUCUACGUUGCUUCCAACAACGACGUUUUGGUUGCUGAGGCCGGAAAGAUCAGCGUCCUCUUUGACCUAGAUAACAAUGGUGUCAUUAAUGCCACAUCCGAGAAGGCUACUCUUGCAACCCAAUCUGGACUCAACCAUGCUGUGACAGUCAAUGGAGGAUACAUUUAUGCUUCAAGCAGCACAACAGUCUACAGAUGGCCAUACACUGCUGGAAACAGGACUAACUUGGGUACUGGAGAGGUUGUGAUCACUGGUAUUCCAGGCCCUGGACACAAGACCCGCACCCUCGAGUUUGACGCCAGUGGAGCAUUGUUUGUCAGUGUUGGCAGUGGUGCCAACCUCGAUCCCGACUCAUCGCGUGCUCGUGUCGUCAAAUGUGACCUGAACCUAUCGGCCAUCCCAUCCAACGGCUACAGCUACACACUGUGCACAGUCUGGGCCGAUGGCACCAGAAAUGAGGUCGGACUCCGCCACGACCCAUCUGGACGUCUCUGGGGUGUUGAGAAUGGAAUGGACGAUCUCUCGCGUCCUGAUCUCGACACUGACGCUCACAUCAACAACCCAUGUGAGGAGGUCAACAUCUUUGCCAACGCUGGUUUCUACGGAUACCCAUACUGUUUCAGUGAGGGAUUCCUUUCCAACAGCACCCAAGGUGCUAUGUCCCAAUGGGGAGUCAAGGCUGCCAACGACACAUGGUGCAAGAACACUGCCAAUGUGAUCAAGCCAGUUUACUGCAUGCAAUCACAUACUGCACCACUUGAUUUGAACUUCUGGAGCUCAACUACCUUCCAGCCACCCUACAACAAGGGUCUGUUUGUCGCUCAGCACGGAUCAUGGAACCGUCAGCCACCCUCUGGCUACCAGGUGGUCCACAUCAAGUUGGACGACAGCGGAAACCCCAUCAACGGCUCGCUCACCAAGUUCAUCGGUGGUAACACUGGCAGCUCAAGUGUUGGCGGCUCAUGGGGCUUCCGUCCAGUCGGUUUGGCCAAGUUGGGUGCCUGCGGUGAGGGUGUCUCUGAGUGUCUGUUGGUGUCCAGUGAUGCCGACAACUCGAUCAUUGCUAUCAGGUACUCGCCAGGCGGUGGUUCAACAACCAUCACACCAUCGACCACCUCGUCAACGUCGUCCACUUCUUCCACAUCGUCCACAUCGUCCACAUCGUCCACAUCCACCACUGGUAAGCCAACUACCUCGUCCACAUCCACCUCCACCACUGGACAACCAACAACAACAUCCACAACCACCGCUCAGCCAACCACUACCACCACCACUACCACCGCUCAGCCAACAACUACCACCUCCGCUCAGCCAACUACAACUACCGCUCAGCCAACAACUACCACCACCUUGUCCACAACAACAGGAAAGCCCUCAUCGGCCACAAUGAUCAUUCCAACAAUCUUCUCUGUCAUCCUAGCUGUGAUUGUUGCCGUGAUGUUAAUCUAA